AUGCAGCUCACUACUACUAUCGCGGCCACCCUUCUCGCCUUUACCACGGUGGUGACUGCGAUCCCAUCUCCCAUUCCUCAAAUUACCCUCCGUAUCUACAACGACCAAAGCGGUGCCAAUGCAGAAGCCACCAUACCCGCCGACGGCACCCCAUACUACAUAUCUUCUCUUUUCGCCGGCAAGGCUGUCGAUAAGGGUGCCGGUAACAUCGUCGGUACAUCAGCCCAACUCACCAAGUUCCAAGAUACGACCAAGUGCCAGCUUGUCAACCUUAAUAUCCCUGGCUGGAUCUUUGACAUCGACGGUCGUGCCAAGAACUUUAUCGAUCUGGAUGACGACAUUACGAAGCCGAUCGAGACUUGGCUGACACUAGAGGCUCUCGCCCGCAAAAACGAGGAGAAGAUUGAAGAAUUAGGGCACACAAAUUGGCUGCUCAACAAUCACAAUGUCCAAACGCAGAAUGAAAUCUCCAAGUUUGAGAAAGACUUCAGCAAGGAAUACCCCAACUUUGACGUAAAACAUGCCAAUCCCACAGUCUUACGGCCAGAUCCACCAUCACCUCCUCGCGAGUCACCAGUCGCAAGACAUGUCCUCCUCGCUCGCCCGCGGUCGGACACGCGUCCACAACCGCCAGGCCCAUUUCCAACGCCAUUCUACCUUGCUGCUCGCGAGGCUCCACAGCUAGACUUGGAUUUUGUGAUACCAGGCUUUCAG